AUGGCCAGCAGGCGGCCUCGGUGCGUCGAGCCAAGGUGGUUGGGAUCGGCGCUCGUCGCCCAAUCUAUCUAUCGCCUGGCGGCCAGACGUGUGCGCUCGCGCCUCGGUGCACCGGCAGACACACGCGCUCUCCUGCUGGCCGUCGUCCUGGUCCAGUUUGUUUUGUGCGUCUGCGUGCUGUGUGCACGUGCGCGUGCGUGCCUGUGUGCACGUGUGGCAGGCCGGCAUCGAUCGGCCUUUCGUUUCAGGCCCGGCUCCAUCAGCCGCCAUCCGACGCCUUGUCGGUCCCCACGCGGUCUGCACUGUACUGCACUGCACUGCACUGCGACGCUGCGCAAUACGGUGCAGGAAAGAGGCAGCGCAGGGCAGGGCAGCACAGCGCGACUCACGCGCGCAAGCAGGCAAGCGCGCAAGUGCGUACUCGCACAGACGGGCCGACAAUGGGCGCACUGCGUAGGCCGCCGUAAUCGGGGCGUCCGAUGUCGGCGGCGAUGUGCGGACGAACUGAAGUUGGGCAAACAGAUUCGUUCAGGUCGGGGCUGGCUAUCGAUCCGGCCGGCCGAGCCAUUUGAACGGCAGACGACGGGCCUCGAGGCUGCGCCAAGCUGCAGCUAG